CGAUACGGCCCCAUCUAGGCCGGUGGAGUCCAGCACCCAGUCUUCAGCAACCAGUGAGACUGCGUCCUCCUCCAGGGCCAUUAUCACCACGACGAUGACACCUGGGGAAUCUACUGAAGGCAGCCCGGCAUCCACCACCACUGUAGGGGGCGGCAUGACGGAUACCACCCCUGACGACAGUAGCACGACUAGCUCUCAGCCUAUGGAGAGCACCAGCCUUUGGACCCCUACCUCGCCCAGCAGCAUAGUGUCCACCUCUGGCCCGGGCACCACCGCGCCUCUGGCCACAACCAUUGAGCCUGGCACUUUGUCUGCCAGGGUCCCAGUCAGCUCUACACUUUUAUUUUCCGGUUCCGUGACCCCUUAUGUUGUGAACACCACCACCAAUGCUAAUCCAAGUCCUCCUGGCAGCAAUUCUACUGCGUUCCCCAUUUCUUCUACUCUCCGCAGCACAGUUAUUUUUACAACCUCGUCAAGGCCCACAACUAUUGUGUCCCCCACCACCUCAGUGAGCUGCCUCAAUGGAGGGACGUGGACGGGUGAGGCCUGCGUCUGCCCCAACGGCUUCAAGGGCGAUCGUUGUCAGUAUGCGGACGCUGUCUGCAACAACGGAGGCUCCUGGGAUGGCCUCAAGUGCCAAUGUCCCACCCUCUUCUACGGACCAAAAUGUGACUUUGUGGUGGACGGCACUGAGAUGCCUCUGCCGAAGAUGGCCUCUGCCCUUGUGAACCUGACCAUGACAGUGACCAGCAAGGAGUACAGUGAUAAGCUACAGGACCGGUCUUCGAAAGAAUUCAAGAAUUUCAAUGCCACAUUCACAGAACAGAUGGAUCUGAUUUAUGCCGGAAUCCCUGAGUAUGAAGGGGUCAACAUCACGAGCCUGAGGGCUGGCAGCGUAGUGGUGGAGCACAACAUCAUCCUGAAAACCAGUUACACUCUGGAGUACAAGCAGGUGCUGGAGAAGGCCUCCCAGCAGGUGGAGGAGAAGAUCCUGAAUGCAACCAAAGUGCAGAUAACCAGCAGUAAUAAUACCUGCUCAGCCUACUUACUGUGUUUCAACUCAACUGCCACCGUGGUACAGAAUGUCACCAUUGUCCAGUAUGAUCCUGAACAGGAAUGCCGGGAAAUGGCUGGCACCUAUGCUGCCUACUUCACAGUGGAGUACAAGGACCAGCAGCCAUACUGCAUCACACCCUGCAUGCCUGGGUUCAAUGCUUCCCUGGACUGCCACUAUGGCAAGUGCCAGCUGCAGCCCAGCGGCCCCCGGUGCAAGUGA